UCUCAUCCUCUUUUACCAGGAGAAGAGGGGAAAGAGGGUCGGCGCGUUUCGGUUCUUCCCAAAUCUAACCCUAAUCCUUCCCCUCCUUCAAUCGAAGGUAGGUGGAUAACAUACAACAAAGUUUAGCAGCCGAAACAGUCAUCCCGUAUCAGUAUGGCUACAGCAGAAGUUGCCCCUUCCUAUGCGCCUGAAGAUCCAAGCCUUCCGAAGCCUUGGACAGGAUUGAUUGAUAACAGCACUGGUGCUUUGUACUACUGGAAUCCAGAGACAAAUGUCACCCAGUAUGAGAAACCAGUGGCUUUGCCGCCAACCUCAGCAUCGGGUCCACUGUCAGCCUCUACACCUAAACUAGCACCAAUCCCUACAGCUCGUUCUCAGGCACCAAAUGACACUGCAAGUCAGAAUGAGUUGGGCUGGCAGAUGCCCCAACAGCAACACAUGCAUCAGCAGCCUAGUCAGCAGCAGCACAUGCAUCAGCUGCCUAGUCAGCAGCAGCACAUGCAUCAGCAGCCUAGUCAACAUACACAUCAUAUGCUGAAUCAGCCACCUAGUCAGCCGAUGCAUCAUAUGCCGGAUCAGCCGACCCAGCACUAUCCACAUUUGCAGGGGAAUCAUAUGGGACACACACAAUUUCCUAAAAUAAAUGAGCAUUCAGUGCCUCACUAUCAGCCCCAAGGGUUGCCAACUGGCAAUCACCAAGUGCAGCAAAAUGGAUUUCCAAUUGAGAGGGAUGUAAGGAGACAAGUGCCAGAGCCGGUGGGGUUUACUGCACCGCCUAUCCAACAGAGUAAUGGGGCAUCAGGUGAUCGUCAAUUUCCAGGCCCAGCUCCUCAUAUUCCUGGGGCUGCAGAUUAUUCAAUUGGCCCAGGACAGUAUAUUGGCAGACCAUCAUCUACUGGCACGGGUGGUGCUUAUAGCGAGUUGCAGCAGGUGAGGACAGAUGCGACCUAUGGACAACAGCCACUUGGUGGCCCCACAGUUUCUAAGCAAAAUGGAAAUGCAAUGAAUCAACCGCUCAUGGGGCCAAAAUUGGGAUACAAUGACGAGCACAGUGGAAGAGGGAAUAAUGACUUUUACCCAUCUAGUGGUAAUGAAGGGCCUGUGAUGCUCCCACAUCAACAACAGCAUGGAGGCUUCCCUCAUGCAGGAAACCAACAGGGUAUCAGAAUGGGUGCUGCUGGCCGCGAUCAUGCGGGGUUUGCUCUAGCUCACAUGGGACCCUCCCAAAAAAUGUUUGGCUCUGCAGAUUUCACUAAUGCUCCAUCUGCUGAUUCCUAUUGCCAGCAUCAUGAGAUUACUGUUACGGGUGAUAAUAUUCCUGCUCCAUUCAUGACCUUUGAGGCUACUGCUUUUGCUCCAGAGCUUCUCAGAGAGAUACGUGCUGCUGGAUUCUCGGCUCCCACUCCGAUACAAGCGCAAACAUGGCCCAUCGCACUACAAAGCAGGGAUAUUGUGGCCAUAGCCAAAACUGGCUCUGGGAAAACCUUGGGUUAUCUUCUUCCAGCAUUUGUUCAUUUAAAGCAAUGUCGAAAUAAUCCUCAAAUUGGUCCAACUGUGUUGGUUCUAUCUCCAACUCGGGAACUUGCCACCCAGAUUCAAGAUGAGGCAAUCAAAUUUGGUCGCUCAUCAAGGAUCUCUUGCACUUGUCUGUAUGGAGGUGCUCCAAAGGGCCCUCAGCUCAGGGAGAUCGAGAGGGGUGUCGAUAUUGUUGUGGCUACGCCUGGUCGGCUCAAUGACAUACUUGAGAUGAAGAAGAUCAAUUUUAGUCAAGUCUCCUUUCUUGUUCUUGAUGAAGCAGACCGAAUGCUUGACAUGGGGUUCGAACCUCAAAUUCGUAGCAUUGUUAGAGAGAUUCCUCCACGCAGGCAGACUCUUAUGUACACAGCAACUUGGCCGAAGGAGGUGAGAAAAAUAGCUGGAGAUCUACUAGUAAAUCCUGUCCAGGUUAACAUUGGGAAUGAGGAACUUUCUGCAAACAAAGCAAUCACACAGCAUGUGGAGAUUGUUUUGCCGAUGGAGAAACAGAGACGGUUGGAGCAGAUUCUUAGAACUCAAGAGCGUGGAUCAAAGAUUAUCAUCUUCUGUUCGACAAAGAGGCUCUGUGACCAGCUUGCUCGCUCUAUGCGUGGUUAUGGCGCUGCUGCUAUUCACGGAGACAAGUCUCAGGGUGAAAGGGAUUAUGUCCUGAACCAGUUUCGUUGUGGCAAAGCACCGAUUUUAGUAGCUACUGAUGUUGCUGCCCGAGGGCUUGACAUUAAAGAUAUCAGGGUUGUGAUCAACUACGAUUUCCCGACCGGCAUCGAAGACUAUGUGCACCGAAUUGGACGUACUGGAAGAGCUGGAGCCACGGGAAUAGCAUACACAUUCAUCUCCGAUCAAGAUUGGAAGCAUGCAGCUGAAUUGAUCAAAAUCCUCGAAGGCGCAAACCAGCGUGUCCCUCCUCAGGUCCGUGUACAUGCUUCGAGCCGUUCCUCCUAUCCUUUGCCGGCGGCCGCUGGCGGGUUCAAGCCGCUGGCAUUCGGGGGCCAGAAUGACUUCGGUGGCUGCGGGGCAUUGAGGCGAACUCUGGUUGGUGUCGAGAGCAUCAAGGGAUUGGUUGGUGGAUUGGUGGACGCUGUAGAAGUGACUUUGGAAUGCGCCCGGAGACCUGUAGAGAGAAGAGGCCGGAGUUAUAGUAGAAGUCCUGAUAGAGUUCGUACAUGGGGAUAUGAUAGUAGUGAUGAUAGCAGGAGCAGGAGCAGGAGCAGGAGUUGGUCCCGAAGCAGGAGCAGGAGCAGGAGCAGGAGUCGGAGCCUUGAUAGGCCUCAAAGGGCUCGAAGACCUUCUGGGUUUGAUGUAGUACCUUUGUCAGCUCCGGCGAUGCCCAUGGUACCCCCGGGAAGCGCCCCUGCUGUAUCUGCUGCUGACCCUAGCCAGCACGUCGAAUGAUCUUUAAUAGGAUCUUUAAUAUCUCCUAUAUUGCUGGUGCUCGCGAGCUGGAAUAGUAAGGAGAAGGGGAUCGAUGAUAUUGUUGAAGGAUUUAUACUUUAAGCUGCAGACUGAUUACCAACCAUGAUGACGAAAAUUGCUUGCAAAAGAAACUCCACUGUGUUUGUCUUUCUCUGUUUCUUUCUAUUGUGUGGAAGCAGCUUUAGUUUGAUGAGUAAUUGUUGGGGUCACAUUAGGUUUUAUUGAUUGGUACUGAAGUGGUUUUGUUACUGGUGCGUUAUAUGGACUUUGAACUGUUAGGUAGUACGUUUCAUAAUUUGACAAAUUACUGGUAUAUGUAAUCUGAGGAGGUCUUGCCUCAAAUGUACCACGAUGAAGGAUGAAGCUAUUCGACAAAUUCUUUUAUUUCUAUAUGGUCGGGUGAAGAGCUCGUUUUGGCAGGUGUCAGCGAUGAAUGAUGAUGCGUGUCAAGUAGAGAUUACUAGUGGAGGAUAUUUGUAACUAAAGCAGACUUCGAUGUAUAAUAUUUAUGAAAAUUGAAGUUUGGAACCC